CUACAAGGCUUUGCGGAUAUCGAGGACCCCUUUACCUUACUUUUGCGCUCACGACGGGACAGACGAGAGUUGGGCACCGAUUUGUCGGACUCAACGGAGGAUGAGUCGAGGACCCGUUCGCGCAUGUCUGCAAUCGCAACCGCCCUGCCGCCAUCUCCUUUCGGUGUACAAGAAAGACCAAUUCAUCAAGCCCUUCUUCCUUCCAUUCGGAAGCCUCUGAAAUGUACCAAAUCGCUAAGUUCUUAA